CCUAGAUUUCAAGACUCAUGGCAGAAUGCAGGGAGCGUAGAACAACUUGUUGCACUAAACUCAUUCAUGGACUUAAAGUUUAAUUUGUGAGUUUUGUGUUUUCUCUGCAGCGGCGUUUCAUGAGGUAAUGUAUCGGUAGGCUAUAAUGUUAAUUCCAGUGGCAGCAUUAGCUUCAAGCCACGCUAGUUUUGUUUUUAAACUUUAACCUAGCAUAGUCUUGCUAGCGGAUUGUCAGCCGACUGCUCCUCGCACAAAUUGUGGAAAAACCAUGAGGACGGAGGAGCAACUUUACAUGGAGGGAGAGCGGGGCGGCUCAUGCGUCUCCUUCAAUGGGGCGGUGUGUUUUGAAGUGUCUCUGUAGUCCGCUGUCAAGGGGGGCAGCGGUCCGACCGGCGGGGAGGGACACGGCGGAGCGACUGCUCCCGGCUGCCGUGCUGAAAACUGAACACAAACCAGACUACUUUGUCUUGAUAAGAGGGGAUUUACAGAGAUUAUGGUUUGGAAAGGCCUGCUGCUCGCUCGCCGCAAACAAAGGGAAUAACGUGCAUGUCAUUGCUGUGGUUGCAGUGAUUGGAAACAAACAUACAGUGAACAGUGAGCGACGGAGUCAAUAACUUGAAGUUUGACUUAUUAGCUCUGACUGUAUGGCCACAGAGUAGUGCUGCCCACGCGCGCCAGCGCAACUUCAAACGCACACUGUUCACACGCACGCGCCCUCUUUGUUGUGAAGUUUUCUCUCCGUUGAAAGUUUGACUUUUUAAUUCCAGUUAUUGUCUGUUUGAGUGGAUGUAUGAGUAUGGUGGAGAGUCGGAGUUGUGUCCAGAGGGAGGGGGUGUACCGCUGGUUUAGCUCCCUCACAUCAGCCGAGAGAGCCGAGUUCCUGUGCGGCCUCCUGGACCUCUGCGUCCCCAUCGAGCUCCGCUUCCUCGGCUCCUGUCUGGAGGACUUGGCCCGCAAGGACUAUCACUCCCUCCGGGAUGCAGAGAUCAAAGCCAACAACCCCACCGACCUCUCGGGCCUUACCAACAUCACGGACGAGGUGGUGCGGAGCAAGCUGCUGGUGUCCCUCGCCCUGCUCGGCUCUGACAACAGGGAGGCUGCGGGGGUCCUGUACCGGACCCUGACUCACAUAGACUCGGUGAUCAAUAACUACGGGUUGGCCCUGAACGACGGGAGGACUGAGGAGCAGUUUCUGUUACUGUUCACCAUGGCCUCUCACCACCCUGCCUUCAGCUUCCACCAGAAGCAGGUGCUGAGGCAGCAGCUCGGCCACAUCCAGGACAUCCUGCAGGUGAGCAGUGGAGGAGGAGGAGAGGCUCAGGAAGCUGCUGGGGAUCGAGCUGCCGCUUGUCACCCUCAGCCUCAUCACCCCCUCCUCCAUCUGACGGCCCCCCUGCCCCCGGCCCCCCUGCCCCCCGCUGCCUCCCCCCUGCCCGAUGCCAGCGCUGCCUCCCUGCCUCUGUCGGCCUGCCCCCCCUGCCACACACACUGCAGCUGCUGGCACAAGAGCCGGACCAGAGAAGCCGGCACAGUCUCAGGGGUCACCACGGGACAACGAGACCAACCUGUCAGCCAGGAGCUCAACCCUCCUCGCCCAGACCUCCCUCCCCCUCCUCCUCCUCCUCCCCCACCACCACCACUUCCUCCCCAUCUGCCUCCUCUACCUGCUGGACAGGGCAAGGAUGCAACAGCUCCAACCAAUAACCACCGGGGACAAGAACGAAAAGUGGUGAUAGAGAAGGUGGUGCUGAGAGCAGUGACACACACAUCUGAGGAGCUGAGUGAAUACGUGUAUGAGACCAGCUGGUCGGACGAUUUAGUUUCAUCCGUCAUCAGAACCCAGCAGGAGGUGACAGAGCUGCUGAGCCAGCUCUCAAAAGCAUUUCCCGAUGACGGAGUGGAGAACUUCCUUCCUAAGUCCAAAGAGCUGGAAACCAGGUGUCUCACAGCGCUGCCCUGCCAUGUCCUCCAGCACCACAGCGUCCAGCAGUUCUUCACCUCCACCCGGCCUCUCUCUCCCAACGGUCCUGCCCCUCUUCCUCAUGCCCUCCCUCCUCUACCUUCCUGCCUUCCUACGGCUCCUAUUGCCCCCACCUGCCCGUUCGCCUCCAGCUCUAAUCUCGACUGUAUGGUUCAGUACAGAGGAUCCAACAGGGCGGUGUACAGAGUGGCCAGCGUCCAGCCCGUCGUCAGCACCCACAGCUCCGUGUUGACUCGCCCCUCUCCUCACCUCUCCUCCCUCCCUCCUCCCCUUCCUCCCGCCAUUCCACCCCCUCAGCUGUCCUCCCUCGCUCCCCCUGUGCCAGCACUUCCCUCACAGUGCCCCAUGACCGGUGGAGGCGAUCCCUCCUCACCCCCACAUCCCCAGCACAGUCUGUCACACCCGUUCUCUCCUCACCACCUCCACCCACAGAGCAGCAGUCAGUCCAGCGCUCAGUCCCAUCAGCCGUCCCAUUCCCUGCCAGCGUCCCACUCACAUUCCCUCCCGUACCCCCAGUCCCACUCCCUGUCUCGCUCCCUGUCCCACCCACUGCCCCUGUCCCUGUCCCUGUCCCUGCCCAGCACCGCAGAGCAGAACGGCAUCCUGGACUGGCUCCGCAGGCUCCGGCUCCAUAAAUAUUACCCUGUGUUCAAACAGCUCACCAUGGAGGAGUUUUUAGCGCUGACGGAGAACGACCUGAACAUGUACGACCUCACCCAAGGAGCGAAGAAAAAACUCAAGACCCAACUGGAGCUACAAAAGACUCAACUGGAGAUACAAAAGGAAAUUAAGCUGGAGAAGCGUCCUUGCAGCGGCAUCGCCAGAGUGACGCCUUCCAGUCACAUGGGACCCUUGACUCAUCCCAUCUCCCCUGCAGGAGAGCUGCGGGUGGAGGUGGACGCUGUACCGCACCAUCAUCCCGUCUCAACAGACAGCAGCUCGUCCUCAGGCUACUCUAGCUCUUCCUGCUCCCCCCGAACACCACUCUACUGUGACUCCUCCUUCGACAGGACCAGAGACAUUCACAGGCGAGUGUUGGGCCCAGAGGCAGCAGGUGGGGGUCCAGAGAAGGAGCGCUCCUGUCUCUUCAUCCUGAACUCCAGCGGCCCCCCAGGCUCCAGUCGCCCCACAGCCCAGGUCCUUCCCGUCCAGACAGACCCUGCUCAUCUACACCCACCCUCCUGCUCCUCCCACCCCGCCCUCUGCCCCCUGCAGUCUCCUUACCACCCACAGGCCAGUUUCCCCCCGCCCCUGCUCUCCUCUGUCUCAAACCCGGCUCGCAUCCUGAGCUCGCCUCGUAAGCCCCGCCCCCCUCCACUAUGCUCCGAUGAAAGGACUAAACCUCUGGGCCUGCCUGUGUCUGCUGCAGGCUUCGGUGGGGGGGUCAGUGUGGGGAGGGGAAUGAGGCUGGAGAGUUUGUUCCCUGGGCUGAACAUGGACGGCUCCUCCACCCUCCAGAACUCGCUGUGCCAGGGCCUGGGGGGGGAUUCCCUGGGUCUGAUGGUGGAAACCAGCGCGGCUCUGACCUCCACCUCCAACAGCCUCCACCACGUGUCCCACCCCCCUCUGCACUUCCACCUCUCCUCCUCUACACCCCCCUCUCCGUCUGGAUACUACUCCUACCCCCCUACUUCCUUCUCCUCGUCCUGUUCCUCUGCAAAGUCUGGCAUCUCUAGUAGCGGCUGUGGCAUUGUUCCCAUGGCAACCGCAAGCAGUGUGCCAGUAGCUGCAGUGCCCGGCAACACUUACUUUCCAUCCCAGUCUACCUGUAGCCCCUCCCCUUCCCCCUCCUCUGCGUCUUCAUUGGAUCAGAACUCAGGCCACACCCCUUCCAUGUGCGUCUGCAGCUCCUGCGGUUGUCGGGGGAACUGCGGCGCCUACGGGGCAUUGCCCGGAUACGCAGCGGCCGGGUACCUCCAGCCGUUCUCCGCGGGCCCCUCGCUCUUCACCCUGGGGCCCCUGCUUCACCUCAGCCCCCUCAUAGCCUCGCCCAGCGCCUCCGUCAGUGGGGGUACAGCAUUCUCCUACCCGAUGAUGGUGCCCCCCCCACUCUACCACCACAGCCCCCUGUCACAGGACCAGCAGCAGGGCUAUGGCUUCUACCAGCCCCAUGUCAUUGUUGGAGGCCAGAAACGGGCAGCAGGGAACAUGUCGUGUUAUAACUGCGGCGCCAACGGACACAGAGCGGAGGAGUGCAAGCAGCCGGCCAUGGACUCCGCCCUGCAGGGCUCAUUUCGACUGAAGUACACUCCUCACUCUGACAGUAAGGACUCGGGGGACUAAGCAGCAGAAACAUCAUUCUCCUGACACAACCGUACCUCAUGUUCCUGCUGAAGCCCGGAGACAUUCGGAUGGCAGCCCGCCUCUGGGGAAAAGGAGGCAACACAGCUGUCUUUUGUAAUCCUUUUACAGCAGCUUACAAAGAGAUAAAUAGAAGAACGGAAGAGGAAAAGAUAGAUGUGAAUUGUCCUAUUAGCUUUCAAAAAGCCCGGAGAUUUUUAGAACCUCUGCCCUGCCUUAUAUCAGAGAUGUAGCUGGAACGUACAGUAUGCAUCCCAAAUCUGCUUCCCAGAUAAAUAACUUAGCAUUUAUAGUCUUUGAGAUGGUUGAAAAACAACAAAGACACAGCACUCAGUAUCCAAAGAACUCUCUGGGUCAGGUGACUCUUUCCUUGUCUCAAAGCGUGCUCUUAUUGUGAAGGACUGGAUACCAGCUCCAGUGAUACUUUUGAAAAUGGUUCUUGUGUAUAGUAUGUCUGGUGAUCGGGUUUAGCGCCAGUUGCCUGUAGACGGCAUGAGGCUGUGUACAGAUGUACUCGUGUUUAUUUAAUACUGUUUUCGCAGCUAGAAAUCAACACACUUAUGCAAUACGUGCGCAAAGCGUAGGCAAUCAAAGUCCGACUUUAGAACACAACCGCAUAUUCAAUUCAACAAAGGGAAGUUCGACUGCCACACACAACACAUUGUUUUCUGUUGUUGUUUUUGUUCCUUUUGAGUAAUGCAUUAUAUUUGUUGGAAGCAUUUCAAACUACUAUGAUUGUCAAGAGGCUUUCAGCUGUAUCAACUUCUUGCUCAUCUUUGUUGGACAGAACCAAAAAAGAGAAAAAAUAAGAGUCACUUUAAAGGUACCCUGAGGCACUUUUUACUACUUGUUGCACUACGGAGUAAUGUCUUGAUGAGCAUGUUGGUGGUAAACAUGGACGUUUACAAUGCAGGAAGAAGUACGUAUUGGGUCAAACAUAUGGACAUGGAGGACAGGUUACAGAAGCCCUCCUGCAGCUGAGGGAUCACAGGUUGGUUGUACCAGCUGCCAUUUCUAUGAAAAGCUUUCUCCAGGGCCUGGGGCGGACUCCAUCAGCUGGGGGCGAUCCGCAGCUCUCUGCCUCUGAGCUCACCUCAGAGCAAACUCGUCUCCAGUGCCAAAUACUCAUCCUCUUGACAAUCACAAUGCACACUGAGUAUUUUCAGUAGAGUACUUCAUUGUUGGACAUUUCAGAAGGUGACAAUUUGUUUUCAUUUCAGUUUGAUGAUGUUUUAUUUGACAUGUUGUUGUAAGAAAAUGAAUGUUGAGUGUCCCGGAUGUUAAAUCUUAAACUUGUUCUCACUCCAGGAGAGGUGGAGCAGACUCUUUUUAUGCAAAAGUCAAUCCAGGACAGGUCAGUCAGAAGAUGUUUCACAGCGUGUUCAGGUCUCUGACUGACGAGGAUCUGGGCAGGACCCAGAGUUAAAGACACGAGGACGGCUGGUCCUUCAGAUGAAGCUCCUUCUGUGUCCCUGGAGGACGCAGAGCAGGGGUGUUUAUUUAAAAUAUUAAAUACUGAACAUUCAGUAUGUAUAACAACUUCUGUCUGUUUUAAAAAACAUUUUUUUAUAAUGUAACAUUAUGGUCGCUUUUUCGCAGAAGUAGGGGGCUUAGAAUCAACUAGUACACUUUUGUCCAGUGUAAAUGAAUAUACCAAAGAGUGCUUUCAGGUUUUUAUGUAACACAGUUCCAUUUGUUGCUGUUCUUUAUGGGAUUAGUUUUGUAUCAUAAAGAUAAAGCAACACUUUCUCAGAAUAAAGCAAAACUAUGAGUUUAAAAGAAAAAAAAAA